AGAAGACGGGCCGGGGGGACUGUGAGACGAAAAACCCGGCGGGGAGAAACGGUGUGACAUCAUUGGCAGCCUCAUCUUGGAUCUAGCAUGGCCUUCAGCAAAGGAUAUCGCAUCUACCACAAGUUGGACCCGCCCCCGUACAGCGUCAUCGUGGAAACCAGGAACAGAGAUGAAUGCCUCAUGUUCGAGUCGGGCGCCGUCGCCGUGCUAUCGGCAGCAGAGAAGGACGCCAUUAAGAACACCUACACCAAGAUGAUGGACGCCUAUGGGAUUCUGGGAGUUCUUCGCCUCAACCUGGGUGAUUCCAUGCUCCACAGCUUGGUGGUAGCAGCAGGCUGUAGCUCCGUAGGGAAGGUGCAAGACUCUGAGGUGUUCCGGGUCACGUCUACAGAGUUUGUUUCUCUGAAGAACGACCCGAGUGACGAGGACCGCAUCGCUGAUGUCAGGAAAGUCCUGAACUCUGGGAACUUUUAUUUCGCUUGGUCCUCUAGCGGCAUCAGCAUGGACCUCAGCCUCAACGCCCACCGCCGGAUCAAGGAGGACACCACAGACAACCGCUUCUUCUGGAACCAGUCCCUUCACCUUCACCUAAAGCACUACGGUGUGAACUGUGAUGACUGGUUGUUGAGGUUGAUGUGUGGCGGGGUGGAGAUCAGGACGAUCUACGCAGGUCACAAACAGGCCAAGGCCUGCGUCAUCUCCCGCCUCAGCUCAGAGAGGGCCGGGACGCGUUUCAACGUCCGAGGGGCCAACGAUGACGGACAGGUGGCCAACUUCGUAGAGACUGAACAGGUGAUCUUCCUGGAUGACCAGGUGUCUUCCUUCAUCCAGAUCCGUGGUUCCAUUCCUCUGUUCUGGGAGCAACCAGGAAUACAGGUGGGCUCUCAUCGUGUCAAGCUCUCCAGAGGGUACGAGGCCAACGCACCGGCUUUUGAGAGACACUUCAGUGCUCUGAGGAGGCUGUAUGGGAAACAGGUGAUCAUCAACCUGCUAGGCAUGAAGGAGGGAGAACACAUGCUCAGCAAAGCAUUCCAGAGUCACCUGAAGGCGUCCGAACACGCCGGAGCUGUGAAGAUGAUUAACUUUGACUACCAUCAGAUGGUGAAGGGCGGUAAAGCUGACAAACUCCACAGUGUCCUCAAACCUCAGCUCAACAAGUUUCUGGAUGACUGUAGCUUCUUCUACUACUCUGGAGAGACCGGGGUUACCAAGUCUCAGAGUGGUACCCUCAGGACCAACUGUCUAGACUGUCUAGACAGAACCAACAGUGUCCAGGCCUACUUCGCUUUGGAGAUGUUACCUAAACAGUUAGAGGACAUGGGUCUGACAGAGAAGCCCCAGCUGGUAGCCAGGUUUCAGGAAGUGUUCAGGUCCAUGUGGACGGUUAACGGAGACUCGGUCAGCAAGAUCUACGCUGGGACCGGAGCCCUGGACGGAAAGGCUAAGGGGGGUAAGUUGAAGGACGGUGCUCGCUCUGUGACCAGAACCAUCCAGAAUAACUUCUUUGACAGUUCAAAGCAGGAGGCCAUCGACAUCCUCCGACUGGGCUCAACACUGAACAGUGACCUGGCAGACAAGGCCCGGGCCCUGCUCACCACGUCCAGUCUUUACGCCUCUCCCAGAGUUCUACUGGGAAUGUGUCAGAACCACCAGAAAUACACGCGUCCCAAACAGAUCAGGGUGUCAGUGGGUACGUGGAACGUCAACGGGGGCAAACAGUUCCGCAGCAUCGCCUUCCGCAACCAGACCCUCAACGAUUGGCUGCUGGACGCUCCGAUGAAGGCCGGACUCCCAGAGUUCCAGGACAGUAGAGCCAACCCACCAGAUAUCUUUGCCAUCGGCUUUGAGGAGAUGGUGGAGUUGAAUGCUGGCAACAUCGUCAGUGCCAGUACGACCAAUCAGAAGCUGUGGGCUGCAGAGCUGCAGAAGAACAUAUCUCGUGAUCAUAAAUACGUCCUGCUGGCAUCCGAGCAGCUCGUGGGAGUCUGUCUGUUUGUCUUCAUACGCCCCCACCACGCCCCCUACAUCAGGGACGUUGCUGUGGAUACGGUGAAGACGGGGAUGGGCGGAGCCACAGGUAACAAAGGGGGAGUGGCCAUCCGCAUGCUGUUCCAUACGACCAGUAUCUGUUUCGUCUGCUCCCACUUCGCUGCCGGCCAAUCACAGGUCAAGGAGAGGAACGACGACUACAACGAGAUCACACGCAAACUCACCUUCCCCAUGGGUAGACUGCUCUACUCCCAUGACUACAUCUUCUGGUGUGGGGACUUUAACUACCGCAUCAGUCAGCCCAACGAGGAAGUCAAGGAGUUGAUCAGACAACAGAACUGGGAAGCCCUGACCGCCGGAGACCAACUGGUGGACCAGAAGAACCAGGGACUGGUGUUCCGUGGCUUCAUCGAGGGCAACCUGGACUUUGCUCCCACCUAUAAGUACGACCUGUUCUCGGACGACUAUGACACCAGUGAGAAGUGUCGUACCCCCGCCUGGACCGACCGCUGCCUCUGGAAGAGGAGGAAGUGGAACUUCGACAAGACUGCGGAGGAGAUGAACAUGGUAGGCCCAGUGGGAGAAGCAGAGGAACAGCAGCAGGAGCCCUGGAGCCCUGGAGAGCUGAAAUACUACGGCAGGGCUGAGCUCAAGACCUCUGAUCACAGGCCCGUGAUGGCAGUGAUGGAUAUAGACGUCCUGGAGGUGGAUCCAGAUGCCCGUCACCAGGUGUACAAGGAGGUGAUCGCCCUGCAGGGUCCUCCCGACGGAACCAUCCUGGUCUCCCUCUGUUCCUCCGGACCCGACGACUAUUUUGACGACGCUCUCAUCGAUGAGCUGCUGGACAAGUUCGCUGUGUUUGGAGAGGUCAUCCUCAUCAGGUUUGUAGAGGAGAAGAUGUGGGUGACGUUUCUAGAGGGUUAUUCAGCUCUGGCUGCCCUGUCUCUGAGCGCCUCCACGGUUCUGGGUAAGGUGAUAGACAUCCGUCUGAAGAGUUCAGGUUGGAUUAAGAGUCUGGAGGAGGAGAUGAGUGUAGAGAGGAUCUGUGGAUCUGUCCCUACCUCCGCCAGCUCCUCUCUGCUGGCCGAGGACGCUGAUAUGGGAGAGGAUGACUACGAUAUGGAGGGUGAUGUGGAUGAGGAGGUGGAGGAUAUUCUCCCCCAACACCUUCAGCCCGGUGCAGGAAGCCCCUCUCACUCCCCCACCCACGGAGAACCUGCUGCCCCCAGCAGACCCAGCCGAUCUGCCCCACGCUCUGCUGGACCACCGCAAGGGACUCCAGUGGACUUCCAGCCUGGUGCCCCUCAGGCCCUGGAGCCUAAACGCCCUCCUCCUCCUCGCCCCAACGCCCCCCCAGCCCGACCUGCUCCUCCUCAACGCCCUCCUCCUCCAUCAGGUCGCGUCCAAUCAGGUCCUGGAGGCCUGCCCAGACCGAACAUGCCUCAGAGAGCUGGGGUGAUCAGUGUGACCCCCCAGGCGCGCCCUGCCCACCCAGGUGCUCCCAGACCCACCCCAGAGGCACCCGGGGCUCCACGGCCCACCCCAGACACUCACCCUGGAGCCCCCAGACCUGGCCCUGACGCCCAGCCUAAACCCACCGACCUGCCCCUGGGUCACCCUCCUUCUGGACCCCCUCCAGUGAGACAUGUCCCCUCCCCGAUGCAGCCCCCGAUGCAGCCAACCAUGCAGCCCCAGUCUGCCCCUCCAGCCCAGCCACCCAUGCAGCCACCCAUGCAGGCUCCCAUGCAACCAACCAUGCAACCAACCAUGCAACCAACCAUGGCUGCCCCAAUGCAGGCUCCCAUGCAGCACCAGUCUGCCCCUCCAGCCCAGCCACCCAUGCAGGCUCCCAUGCAGCCAACCAUGCAGCCCCAGUCUGCCCCUCUAGCCCAGCCACCCAUGCAGGCCCCACUGCUGCCCCAAAUGGCUGCCCCAAUGCUGCCCACACAGGCCGGAGCAGGGCUAGGGGCUACCGGGGCUGUGGCCCCCCAGGGGCUGUCCUCCCCCAAGCCCCCUCCCCGCUCCCGUUCCUCUCAUGUUCUGCCCCCUGAGACCACCACUACAGAGAAUGCCCCUGCAACCCAGAUCAAUGGGGUGAAUGGAAUCCAAAGAGAAGCACAAUGGAAGCCCGAAUCCUUUGACACACUCACCUCUGACCUCUCCGCCUCUUGGCUCAACACCCAAUCACUGACCAGGAACUCCUCCUUACGCUCCGCUCCUACCCUCCCUACUUCCUCCUUCACUCUCCCUUCAUCCCUCUCCCUCCACUCCACCCCUCUGUCCACCAUGCAGGGCUUUGACGACUCCUCCACCCUCCCCCCUUCCCUCACCCAGUCUUUCCUCCCCCCUCCCCCGGUCCCAUCUCGAAGUAGGUCCCAGGAGGCCCUGCAGCGGGGCUCUCCCAACCCCUUCCUGAGUGAUCCGGUCCCAGCCCGUCCCAACAGCACCAACCCCUUCACUGGUCCUCUGGUGCAGCAGUGCCAGAGGCGCUCUCUGACACCUGACUUCCUUGCCCAGCAGAAGGCCUCCAGGCCUGGCCUCGACAGGACCAUGUCUGCCUUCACCCAGCCCCUCGCCCCUACCCCAGCCUCGCUUCUCGCCCCUACCCUAGCCCCGUUCCCAGCUUUUGCCCCCACCCCGACGCCAGGGGCACCUGCACCCCCUCCAUCGCUCCACCGGACCAUGCCCCUGCUUGGCCCAUCGAUGACCCCCCUCAUCCCUGCUCCAGGGCUCCCUCUCCUGACUGCUCCCUCUCUCCCUGCCCCUAUGCUCCCCCUGUCUCCUCCCUCCUCUCUCCCUGCCCCCCUGUCGUCCCGCCCACAGCCCCCUCCUCCCCCUCGGCCCCAGCUGUGGGUGACCUUUGAUGAUGAUUCACUCCUCCCAGUCCCAGCCAAGGCUCCACCUGUAGCCCCCACUGCUUCCAUCUGCCCCCCAUCUCUCACCCAGACUCAGUUCUCCUGCUCUGGUUUCGACUCUGACCCACACUGGGCCACCGGCUCCACCACCUUGACCUCCACAUUCCUCUCCCGGCCCCCUCCGAUCCCAGCCAGGAUGGUCCCAGGCAGCAGCCAGCCCGCGCUCCCAGCCCGAGCCACAGACAACCUCCCCUUCUCCAAGGACUUCACUGAGAGAUAGGAGUGACCCAGCGAUCUAUGGUCCACCACAGAGGAAACAUGUCCUGUGUAGGCCAAGCAGGACAGGGCAGACCUAUCUAGAGGAGUGUAGAUCUAUGGUAAAUGUGAAUGUGUGUAUGGUUUGUAUAAAGAGUCAGGUAUUUAACACAUUUAAACUAACCCCCUCCCACUCCUGAAUAGUCAUGUAUCACUGCUGUUCCGUAACAUCUCUGCUGCCGAUGUUGUUAACACGUCAUUAUGUGAAUGUGUGUUUCUCCUGGUCUGUUUAUUUCGUUAUGGCAGGAAACAUGUUCCUGGGUCUAUAUCAGGGCUGUCUAACCCUGUUCCUGGAGAGAUACCCUCCUGUAGGUUUUAACACCAACCCUGUUCCUGGAGAGAGACCCUCCUGUAG